AUGAAAUCUAUACUCUUUUUGAUUUUGGUUUUCAAUUCAUUCUUUCAUUUCUUAAAAGCAUCAGAUUGGACAGGACCCUAUUUAGUUUGUUCAGGAAGUGUAGAGAUGGGUUGGAUAGCCAGAUCAGAUGCCAAGAAUGCAUAUGAUUUCGCUAAAAGUAAAAGAGGUAUCAGUUCAGGUGAUUCAACUAAAUAUAAAAGAUUAGGUCGUUGUAGAUGUAUUCAAGCAAGUUCAGGUGAUUGGUAUGCGAAUUGUUUUGAUGGUCUUACUCCUGAUGGUCAAACCAUCGGUCAAUCUGCUCUUCCUCGUCAAGAUAGAUUAUCUCCAUUUCAAAAUAAUUUUCCGGCUUUAUGUUUUGCUUCUGAUGCUUGUCCUGAUGAUGCUUUGAAGGGUGUUGAUGAUUCUACUCCAAUUGUGAAACAAUACCAGCCUCAAUUGGUUUGUGCAAAUGGGAUUCCAUUAGGUUUGAUAGACGGAGAACAAAACUUUAGAGAAUCAAUGGCUAAAGAUCCAUUAGCAACGAGUUGUAGUUGCAGAUCUGCUGGUUCAGCAGUCACUAUAAACGGUACUCAAAGUCAAAAUUCAACUCCACAAGGUUACAAUGCUACCAUGAUUGGAAACUCUCCUAUUCCAUUAUCUACUGGCAAUACUGGUAGUGGUGAUGGAAAUUCUAGGAUUCAAUUGGUUUGUGAACAACAAUUUGCAGAUUCAAUUUUCCCUUAUUGUGCUGCAGUCGGUACAGGAUGUGGUACAAAUCUUCAGUGGGUUGGUUAUCAAAAGUGA